AUGCCCGAGGCACCCAUCCCGAAAGCAGGAACAAGUUCCGCCGCGGUGGUUCCCCCAAUGCGGAGGAGCCCGGGAAAAAGACGGGCAGCCCGCCCGCCGUCCGUAGUCAUCUCGGCGGGGAAAACUGAGUAUGAGGUGAUCACAGUCGCUCGUCGUCGCACCUCUCAGCUCGCAGCUCAGCACCUGCUGUCCUCUCCUGCAAAUGUGUCUGAUUUAUCUUCCUCUAAAGUGAUCGAUGUCUGCAGGUCGCCAUCGGACUUGCUCCUUCGUGUUCCUACCACCAAAAGCGACACCAGCAAGCCGGACUUUGCGCAACCGCUUUGCGCCCGGCCAGAUCAAGAGCGAUCGAUGACAGAGAACGGCGCCGCGCAGACGGGCACGGUCCCGGACGAACAGCCGCGUAAUGGCACGACGGAGAAUGCCAAACUGAAUACGGCGGAAGGGGACUCAUCAAGAAUGGAGUCGGGCUCAAGGAAUACUGCCUCACCACCGGUGAAAGCUGACAAUAGCGCCGCGGGGACUCACUCCAGCCCCAAGAAGCGUCGCAAAGUUAAUCAUGCAUGCGUCUACUGUCGACGAUCGCAUAUGACUUGCGAUUCGGAACGGCCGUGCACGCGGUGUAUAAAGCGCAACAUUGGCCACUUGUGUCAUGACGAACCCAGGGAGCCUUCAAAGCGGGCGCGGAGCGAACACGAACAUUCAACGGCUGAAGAGGAGGGUCAUUCGAACAAUGAGUUUUCAAAUGUUCAAGGUAUGCCUAGAAACGUCGAUGUCCAAGAUGCUGCCGGACAGCAAAUCCUUCCCGAUGGAACUAUCGCCCUUCCCCCUCCGUCUGUCAAUGCUGUGCAGCAUAACAUCCCCUCCUCCUCAGCGCAAAACAGCAUAGGCGCCAACUCUCAACAGCUGCUGGGCUACAACGACUGGCUCGGAGGACAAAGCCAAUUCCAGGAUAUGCACACCUUCCACCCCUCAUACAUGUUCAAUGCCCCGGAAGUCACAAACGAAUACAACCUCCUAGGAGACUUUCUCAGCAGUAGCCUUCUAGAUGAUGGGGGGAUUUUCCCGAAUGAUAAUCUACAUGGGAUAUACUCCGAUCCAACGUUGAUCAAUUCGAUGGCCAAUCUGGAUAAUGCGGGUCUACUGCAGCAAGCUCAGCCCCCUCAGCCGGCGCAGAGUCAACCACCCCAAAACGAUUCGGUUCAAGGUCCAAGCUCCACGGUGGUGAACGAUAAGGCAAGAGAGACGUAUUAUAUGACUGCGGCGGAUCCCUCAGGUUCAGACCCACCGGAAGAGCGGAUGAACAAGCUUCUCAAGGCCAAAUAUGAUGCUGGUCUCCUGAAGCCUUUCAACUAUGUGAAAGGCUACGCUCGCUUGAACCAAUACAUGGAGAAAAACAUGAAGCAAUCGUCUCGGCAGAAGAUUCUGCGGCAGCUGGACAAAUUCCGACCUAAAUUCAGGGAGAGAAUGCAAAGCCUGACCGAUAUCGAACUCAUUCUCGUGGAGAUGUGGUUCGAACGAAGUCUGAUGGAAUAUGACCGUGUCUUUGCCAGUAUGGCGAUUCCCGCCUGCUGCUGGAGGCGAACGGGGGAGAUCUUCCGCGGCAACAAGGAGAUGGCAGAACUUAUCGGCGUGCCAAUAGAGAGUCUGCGAGAUGGCAAGCUGGCAAUCCACGAGAUCAUUGUUGAGGAUCAGCUUGUGAGCUACUGGGAGAAAUUCGGCGCUAUUGCGUUCGACAACACUCAAAAAGCAAUGCUCACAAGCUGCACACUGAAGAAUCCAAAUUCGAGUAAUCCCGGGAACGGGAUUCCGUGUUGCUUCUCUUUCACAAUUCGAAGGGACAAUCAUAAUAUGUGGGUGCUCCAAGAACACCCGUUGCAAGUGUGA